GUAAGUGGUGUCAAUGAUGUGCUGACAAAUGCCCUGAAUCAAAACAAUCAACUUUUCCGCUCACAGAAUCCCGGUCUUGCUGCUGCCACGAAUGCUGCGGCCGCAGCUGCAGCCGCUGCGGCGGCCACCUCUGCAGCACAGCCUGGUGCACCAAAUGGCACAAUGCAACCGCAACAAAUGCAAAUGGCUGCUGCCUCACAACAAUUUUUGGCUGCCCAACAGAAUGCUGCCUAUGCUGCGCAACAAGCGGCACCCUAUGUCAUCAAUCCUGGGCAAGAUGCAGCACCCUAUAUGGGUCUAAUAGCAGCACAAAUGCCCCAAUAUUAUGGUGUGGCACCAUGGGGCAUGUAUCCGGGUAAUUUGAUACCACAACAGGGCACACAGCCGCGUAGACCGUUGACACCAUCACAGCAGGGCGCCGAAAAUCAAUCCUAUCAGGUCAUACCGGCAUUCUUUGAUCAAAGCGGCUCGCUUGUCAUGGGACCACGUACGGGAACACCAAUGCGCCUUGUUAGCCCCGCUCCGGUCUUAGUGCCUCCGGGCGCUGCCCGCGCCGGGCCACCACCACAAGGUCCACCCCAAUUGUAUCCACCUCAACCACAGACAGCCCAACAGAAUUUGUAUUCACAACAGAAUGGUUCAAGUGUUGGAGGCCUUGCAUUGAACACAUCCUCAUUGACCGGUCGCCGUGAUUCCUUUGACCGCACCACUUCUGCCUUCAGUCCCUCUGCCAUGGAUUAUACCAAUAGUAAUGCAGCCGCUGCCAAUGCUGUCUCCUCGACGGUGGCUCAAGCCGCUGCAGCAGCUGCUGCUGCCGCCGCUGCCCUCGGCAAAUGGCCCGGUGCCGUUAACAAUACAUAUGGCGCAUUGGGCGCCACCGCAUCCGCCAGUCCCAUUGGAACUGCCAUUACACCACCUCCGCCACCACAAUCGUGCCUAAUGAAUAAUCGUGCUCCCGGAGCUGAAUCGAAGUAUCGUCAACAAAUGGCUGUGGGCUUACCGCCAACUUCUCUCGCUGCCCAAGUUAAUAAUAUGUUCGGUCAGAAAAAUUCGUUGUUCUCGAAACAUUUGGCUAUACCCGGUGCCACACCAGCUGCUGCUGCCGCUGCGGCCGCCGCUGCUGCUGCAGCAGCUGCUACACGUCAAGCUGCCGCCGGUGUUGGUGGUGUGGGUGCUGCUGCAGCGGCCGCCGCUGCAGCUGCUGCUGCCGCAGGUACUGCUGCCGGUGCUCCACAACCGGGACGUUCUCGCCUGCUCGAGGACUUCCGCAAUCAACGUUACCCCAAUCUGCAAUUGCGUGAUUUGGCCAAUCACAUUGUCGAAUUUUCACAGGACCAACAUGGCUCGCGUUUCAUCCAACAGAAAUUGGAACGUGCCACAGCCGCCGAGAAACAAAUGGUUUUCAAUGAAAUCCUUGGUGCCGCCUACAGCCUCAUGACCGAUGUCUUUGGCAAUUAUGUCAUACAGAAAUUCUUUGAAUUUGGCACACCCGAACAGAAGAACACUCUCGGUAUGCAGGUGAAGGGUCAUGUCUUGCAAUUGGCUCUGCAAAUGUACGGCUGUCGUGUCAUUCAAAAGGCUCUGGAAAGCAUCUCGGCCGAACAGCAACAAGAAAUCGUACGUGAACUGGAUGGUAAUGUACUCAAAUGUGUCAAAGAUCAGAAUGGCAAUCAUGUCGUUCAGAAGUGUAUCGAAUGUGUCGAUCCGACGGCAUUGCAAUUCAUCAUAAAUGCCUUCAAGGGACAGGUCUACUCGUUGAGCACACAUCCCUAUGGCUGUCGUGUGAUACAGCGUAUUUUGGAACACUGCACCGCUGAGCAGACCCAACCAAUAUUGGAUGAAUUGCAUGAGAAUACGGAACAAUUGAUACAGGACCAAUAUGGCAAUUAUGUUAUACAACAUGUAUUGGAACAUGGCAAACCCGAAGACAAAUCAAUUUUGAUUAAUAGCGUACGGGGCAAAGUUUUGGUUCUAUCACAACACAAAUUCGCUUCCAAUGUGGUGGAGAAAUGUGUCACACAUGCUACACGGGCCGAACGUACAGCUUUGAUUGAUGAAGUCUGCACCUUCAAUGACAACGCCUUACAUGUUAUGAUGAAAGAUCAAUAUGCCAAUUAUGUGGUCCAAAAAAUGAUUGAUGUCUCCGAACCGACACAAUUGAAAAAGCUAAUGAAUAAAAUACGCCCUCACAUGGCCGCAUUGCGUAAAUACACCUAUGGCAAGCAUAUUAAUGCCAAAUUGGAAAAAUAUUUCAUGAAGACCUCAAAUCCCAUCACCUCAACAACAGCAGCCGCCGCCACGGGCACAACAGUAGCAGCAGUUCCAACAUCAGCCGUAACAUCAUCAGUAUCUGCCGGUUUAAAUCAGGGCCUUAGUGCUGUAACAACAACUGCAGCUAAUUCGAUGUCCUCGUCGGUGAAUAAUACCAAUACAACAACUGUGGUAACCGCGAGCAACAACAACAACAGUAAUGCUGCCGCUGUACAGGCAAUGGAAAAUGGUAUUAUGGCAGCGGCCUCAUCGAUGGCCCAAUCGAUGGUGGGCGUGUCGGUGGCUUCUUCGGUGGCGACCAGCAGCAGUACAACACAAUUGACAUCGGUGACAGCGGCCAGUAAUUUGGGACCCAUUGGUCCACCAACCACUACCAAUGGGGUAUUGUAAAUU